UUGACGUACACCACAGGCGUCUGACAAUCGUGUAAUUCCGUUUGCGGGUUUACCGUAAAAUCAUACAUCUUUGUACAGCUUUCUAUGUUAUUACGUGCAGCGCAACAAGCCGACGACGUGUCAACAUCUUCGAUAUUUAUUUUGACUUUAUCGGGGAGUCUUACACAUGUUACACAUGAAUUUUCUUCCAAGCAGGAGAUCCAGUACCAACGCCACGCAAUUUCACAAACAUUUUAUUUCGGCGUUUCAGUAAGCCUGCACAAGCUGAACAGCUGUCGACUUCAAGACUGCUAACGACUGGACGCUUCGAAGCUGCUCCGACACACUUCGAGUAGGCGACGAGUAUGAGCUGCUUGCCAACGCUGAUUGCUACGUGGGCCUGAUGAUGGACUGGUUGAAGCAGCGCAUGAUGAGACUACUCGGCGAGCAGCCGCUGCAGGGUGAGCUCGACCUGUGCGACGAGACGGGAAACCUACGUCUCCUCUGGGCGCUGCCGGCGACGGUGACGGCGCUGGACGUGCUCGUGCCCCGCGCCGCCUACCACCUGGUGGUGCGGCCGACGACCGACGCCCAGCUCGGCUUCCAGCUGGUGCGGCCGUUCGGCGGGCCAGAGGUGUUGCGCGGGCUGCAGGACCGGCUGCAGCGCGCGCUGGCCGCCUGGGAGCGUGUGCAGAGCCACUUACCGGCCGACCUGCCGACCGAACGACUCGUCGAAGUGGUCAACAAAAGCGUGUCGCGGCAGGCGACGCGGAUGCAGUCGCGUCGCGCUGGCAGCCCGCUCGGCUCGGCCGACAAGUGGUCGAGCGUGCGUGACCGGCUGGCCGCCAGCCCGCGGUCGCGGCAGCAACGCGGCGACAACGCGGGCCGUGCGCCCCCGAGCAUGGCGUCCGUCGUGGGCCGCGUCACCGCCUCGCCGCGCCGCGCCAUGGCCAAGGUCUGACCCGGUGCCUGCUGGACAACCGCGAGGACGAGCGGGUUAGAGUACCUCAGAUGCCCUGGCUUCUGGUGGCAUCAUUUCGAUCGGUGGAACGCGACGAGACGAAUGAGGCGAGCCGAUGUAUUGACGUGGAUGGCGCGCGAUACGAUGUGUACUGUAGACGAGCGAAAUACAUCCCUAAAACGC